CCCGCCGGGCCCGGCCCUCCCCCCGCUGCUGCCGCCGCCACCUCCUCCUCCUCCUCCUCCCUCCUCUCCCCUCCUCCUCCUCCCCGCCUGGCUGAGAGGGGUCGGGGGAGGGGGCAGCAUGGCCUGGCCGUCCGGCCCCUUUUCCAACGCUCAGCUGCCCCGGGAGUGUGGCUCUGCUCCUCGCAGGGAGAAGAGGUCCGAAUGGAGACAGAAGCCAGCCAGCCCGGCCUCGCCUCCCCGGACUCUCCCCACGAUCCCUGCAAAAUGUUCAUCGGGGGACUGAGCUGGCAGACCACGCAAGAAGGCUUACGGGAGUAUUUCUGCCAGUUUGGUGAGGUGAAGGAGUGCCUGGUUAUGCGGGACCCACUGACAAAGCGAUCGAGGGGCUUCGGAUUUGUCACCUUCAUGGACCAAGCCGGUGUGGACAAAGUGCUGGCCCAAUCCAGGCAUGAGCUGGACUCCAAGACGAUUGACCCGAAAGUAGCAUUUCCUCGCCGAGCACAGCCCAAGAUGGUGACGCGGACUAAAAAGAUAUUUGUGGGUGGUCUGUCUGUGAACACCACUGUGGAGGAUGUGAAACAGUAUUUUGAGCAAUUUGGCAAGGUGGACGAUGCCAUGCUCAUGUUUGACAAGACGACUAACCGGCACCGAGGGUUCGGCUUUGUCACAUUUGAAAGCGAAGACAUUGUGGAGAAAGUCUGUGAGAUCCACUUCCAUGAGAUCAACAACAAAAUGGUGGAAUGUAAGAAAGCACAGCCAAAGGAAGUCAUGUCCCCCACGGGCUCUGCAAGAGGUCGGUCCCGGGUGAUGCCUUACGGGAUGGACGCCUUCAUGCUUGGGAUCGGCAUGUUGGGCUACCCAGGUUUCCAGGCCGCCACCUACGCCAGUCGGAGUUACACGGGCAUCGCGCCUGGCUACACUUACCAGUUCCCCGCCAUCCCCCUCACUGCGUACGGACCAAUGGCGGCAGCGGCGGCGGCGGCGGCCGUGGUGCGAGGGACAGGUAACUGCGGCCCAGCCAGCCUCCGAGAGAGUGUUGCCCUGGGAUUGGGGGGGCGGGGGGAGGAGGGGCUGCCAUUUUGGCACCUUCACUGGCUAGUCUUGCUUCCUCCGGUAGGUUCCACCCCGAGCCGCACUGGCGGUUUCCUGGGCACCACCAGUCCCGGGCCGAUGGCGGAGCUCUACGGGGCAGCCAACCAGGAUUCAGGAGUCAGCAGUUACAUCAGCGCAGCGAGCCCGGCCCCCAGUACCGGCUUUGGCCACAGCCUAGGGGGGCCUUUGAUUGCAACGGCUUUUACUAAUGGUUACCACUGAAGCUGAGGACCAAGAAAGAAGGAGGUUCCCCAGUGAGCAAGGACCGCAAGCUGGAGAAUCCGGCAAAACCCGAGGGAGGAGCCAAGAUUUCAUUUUCGCAAACAAAACUGCACACUUGUGGCUGUGGGUCCUGCCGGCCCGAUCUCUCCCGUUGACCAGAAAAGCACUGGAUUCGAACACAAGGAGAUCUCCUCUCCUUUCCUUACUAACCGUAGACCGUUUACACUUCUCCCCAAACCCUCCGACCCACCGGUUUCUUCUUUUAUUUAUUUUGCUAGCUUUGUUAGGGUUUCCCCCCCCUUUCUUUUUUCCCUUUGUUAACCUUUGGGGUGGGGGUGGGGGGCGGGGGAGGGAGGAUUUGAGACCAGUCCUCUCUUUUCGUGCUUGUUCUUUUUUGCUCUUUUUCGGAGCCUGUAGAGCCGUGUUACGGAUUUGGAUUUGGAUUUUAUUUUAUUUUAAUUUUAAUUUUUUUUUUUUUGGUGAUUGUGCGUAGGUAGCUUUUAUUGAGGAAUAUUUUUAUUUGGCUUUGAAAUAUUUUUGUUGUUGGUUUUUUUUUGUUUUGUUUUAGAUAUAUAUAUAUUAUAUUUUGGGGGGGGGCUGUGCGGGGGGGGCGCGGACGGGGCGGACUCGGUCACGAGAAAACCAAGCCUUUUGAAAGGACCGGUCGAUGUCCAACGGAGGAAGUUCUGGAGGGAAGAGAGCAAGCGGAGAGGCGCGGACGCAUUAGCUAGUUUCGCUCUCGCUCUCUUGUUUUUGAAGCAUUUCCCCCCCCAGUUUUUUGAAAUGCAGGAUGCAAACGCUUUUGGGGGGAAUCGGGGUGGAACAAAUACAAACUGUAUAUUUUGCUAAGUGAAAAAGAAACACUAUUCUUUAUGACCGAAAGUUUUUUUUGUUCCCCCCUCCCCAGCUUUUCUGUAGUUUUUAGGUUACUGUGGGUUUACUAUUGUUAUUAUUAUGAUACCACCCUCACCCCCCCCGACUUUCCUGUAUCAUAUGUAAAUACUGCAGGGCGCUCUUGCCCCUUUCUCCUUUCUCUCCCCCUAAACCCCCCCCCCCAACCUCUUCUUCUGGGCUUCGAUGCCGUAAAUGUGAGCAAUACUCUCCAGUUGGACCAUGACGAACCUCCUUUCUUUUUUAUACCUUUUACUGUAAGAUUUCAAGACCUCUGCUGAGACGAAAGUGUGUCGGGGGGCAGGAGGGCGUGGCGGGAG